CAAUUUUGAAACUCUCUUUGCUAGAACUGACAUGAUUGCCACAGAAUUGGGAAGACAAUUAGCAACUGCUGGAACCAAAUUGUCACCAGAUGCUGAUUCUAUUUGGAAUUUUGCUACUUGGAAGACUAUUGAUGGAAAGAAUUUCAAAGAUGAAACUUGGUAUACCAAUCAAAAGAGUUACAUUAGAGGUACUGAUGGAAAACCAGCAUUCUAUUCAUCCAUUCUUAAGGAAAAUUAUUGUCAACCAUCAUUUGAUAAUUACUAUUUCACUGGUGAAGAUUUGUUAAAGUACUCACCAGAUGAUUUCAUUCUCCUCUCAAAUGGUAGAUGUGCCUCCACUUGUGCAUUGUUCACUCGUCACCUCCAAGAAUCUCAAAAGGUAAAGACUGUUGUCGUUGGUGGUUUGAGUGGUCAACCACAACAAAUUGCACAAGUUCCAGGUGGUCAAGUUUAUGAAUUUGAAGAUUUACUUGCUGAUAUUAAGAGUUUGAACAUUAAUUCAGAUGUUACUCCAAAGCCACUUCCAGUUCAAUCAAGAUUCAGAUUUGCCAUUCGUGAAGCUUAUGCUUGGAAUCAAAAUGAAUUAACACCUUUGGAAUUCUUCUUUGAAGGUUCUGAUUUCAGAUUGAGUUAUACUAAGGAAAGUGCUGUUGAUAGAUCAAAGGUUUGGAUUGAUACUAUGAAAUUCUUUGAUAUUUGUGCUAAAUGGCAAACCAAGGCAUGUAACUUGACAAAUGGACAAGGUGUUCAAAAUUGUAAUACCAACACUGGUAAAUAUGUUCCAACCUGUAUCUUGACCAGCUGUAAUCCUGGAUUUGGUUUCUCUGCUGAAAAGAAGAACUGCAUUCCAUGUGCCAUUGGUGAAUAUAACCCAGGUCAACUUUCCUGUACUGCUUGUACUAAUAAGCCAGCUGAAAAUGCAGUCUACACCAACUCAUCCACUACCAACAAUUGUCCAUUCGCUUGUGAUGAUGGUUAUGAUUACAAUGCCUCAAAGAAUACUUGUGUGAUUUCAGAAGAUAUGAAAGUUGUUGCCUUACUCAUUGUGACCGUUGUCAUGUUUGUAAGGAAUUACAAACGUGUCUCUGGUGAAAGAGCUACUCUCUUAUAA